GCGGCGGGAUGAGCGCGGCGGCGUGACGGGGAGCCCGAGCCCGAGCCCGCCCUGCUUCGCUGCGCGCCUCCCUGCCCGCCUCCGCUCUGGCUUCGGGCCCCUUCUCUCUGCGCUGCGGCGGGCGGAGGCGGCGCAAGGAGAAGCCCAUGGAGGGGAACCGGGACGAGGCGGAGAAGUGCAUCGGCAUCGCGCGGGAGGCGCUCGAGGCCGGCAACCGCGACCGCGCCCUGCGCUUCCUCGGCAAGGCCCAGAAGCUCUACCCCACCGAGACGGCCCGAGUCUUGUUGGAAGCUAUUAUGAAGAAUGGAAGUGCUGCUGGGGGAGGCGCCUACUGCCGAAAACCAGGCAGCAGCAACGAGCAGAGCAAGCCCCAUGGCACCAAGGAGGGCCGCGCGUCGGCUGCCGGUGAAGGUGGGAAAGGCUACACCAAGGACCAAAUGGAGGACGUGUACAGUAUAAAGAAAUGUAAAAAUUACUAUGAAGUCCUUGGCGUGUCAAAGGAUGCUGGUGAGGAGGACAUAAAGAAGGCUUAUCGAAAGCUUGCUUUGAAAUUCCACCCAGACAAAAACCAUGCACCUGAAGCAACAGAAGCUUUUAAAAAAAUUGGAAAUGCGUAUGCUGUGCURAGUAAUCCAGAGAAGCGGAAACAGUACGACCUCACAGGCAGCGAGGAGCAGGCUUGCAGCCACCCCAGCAACGGCAGGUUCAGCUUCCACAGAGGCUGCGAGGCAGAUAUUACUCCGGAAGAUCUAUUCAACAUGUUUUUUGGAGGGGCAUUUCCGACAGGUAGUGUACAUUCAUUUUCUAAUGGUCGUGCUGGCUACAGUCAUCCCAACCAGCACCGUCAGAGCGGGCAUGAAAGGGAAGAAGAAAGGGGUGAUGGAGGCUUCUCGAUGUUCAUUCAGCUGAUGCCUAUUAUCGUAUUGAUCCUUGUUUCCUUACUGAGCCAGUUGAUGGUAUCUAACCCUCCCUACGCUUUAUAUCCAAGACCAAGUACAGGACAGACCAUUAAAAUGCAGACAGAGAACUUGGGUGUUAUUUAUUACGUCAACAAGGACUUUAGAAAUGAAUAUAAAGGAGUGUCGAUACAGAAAGUGGAGAAGAGUGUGGAAGAGGAUUAUGUGUCCAACAUCCGUAAUAACUGUUGGAAGGAGAGGCAACAAAAAACAGACUUACUGCAUGCAGCAAAAGUGUACCGAGACGACCGGCUCCAGAAGAAAGCGGACUCCAUGACUAUGGACAACUGCAAAGAACUGGAACGGCUGACCAGCCUCUACCGAGGAGGAUGAACUAGGAUGGCACGUGUGCAUCCUUACGUGUGCUGCUGUCUCUCUCGCAGAUUAAGAAGAGGUUUAGUUUCAUCAUGAAUGCUGGAAAAGAGGGGUGGAUGUAAAACUCUACUGUGUAGCUGUUUCCAGAAACCUUAUGCUGAAUUAUAAUUUAAUGGCUUCUUUACCUACUGUGAAAUAUAGGUACUUGUUUAGAUACUUUACUUCAAAGCUUCUGUGAAUUCCUUCAGCAGAGAGAAUAGCUCAGAAAGGAUGCUAUACUUGUAGAGAUAUAGUCAUAGUGGUUCUCCUCUAACAUAUUUGCCAUGUAAAUAUCUCUGGAAAGAACACUUUGUGUAUAUAUGAGUUAAAUGACUUUCUAUUUAAAACCUCAGAAAUCUAGUUCCAUACAACAUUUUGUCUCACUGAUGGAAUUACAUCACUCCUAUUCAGAUGUCAAGUGUGUGGAGUUGAAACAGAAUUUUUAAUAUUUUAUCUCUAACACUAUGUAAAAUCUUCUAGGUUUACCAGCUUAGAGGAACUUGAUAUUUUUAAAUAUAAUGACGUAUAUUCCUAAAUAUAUGUUGGGGUAUAUUGAUCUGAUGUAGAGUA